AUCUAGCUUGAGAGUUCUCUGCCUACAACAUACAGCCUUUUACUGCUUCUCAAUAUGAGUUUACGACACGGAUCUGGAUCAGGCAAGGGGAAGGGAUGCGUUGGGGGUGUUAGCUCAUCUUCAACUAUUAGGGUGUCUUCUGGAAAGCACAGCUCUGGUGGAGUGUAUGGUGGUGGAGCAUCAUGUGGUAACUAUGGUGGAAGCAUGACACGUUGCCAGGUUGGAAGUAGUGGAAGUGUGGGUGCUGGUAUUGGUGGAGAAUAUUGCAUUGGAGGUGGGUCUGGCUUUGGUGGUGGGUCUAGCUUUGGUGGUGGUGCAUGUUAUACUGGUGGAGCUGGCUUUGGUGGUUGUGUCGGUGGUUACUCUGGCCAUGGAGGAGGCUUUGGGUUUGGAGAUGACCAUGGAUUGCUCUCAUGCAAUGAGAAGGUAACAAUGCAGAAUCUCAAUGAUCGUUUGGCAUCAUACCUACACAAAGUACGUGAAUUGGAGGAACAGAAUGCUGAACUGGAGAAAAAGAUCCGACAUUGGUAUGAGACACAUUGCCCCAAGCCAGCCCAAGACUACAGUCACUACUACAGAACAAUUGAGGAUUUACAGAAAAAGAUCGCUGACGCCUCUCGGGACAAUGCCUGCAUCGUCUUGCAGAUUGACAAUGCUAGGUUGGCGGCAGAUGAUUUCAAAAUCAAGUAUGAAACUGAGCUCUGCCUCCGCCAGUCAGUAGAAAGUGAUAUCAACGGCCUAAGAAGAGUGAUGGACGAUCUGAACCUCAGGAGAUGUGACCUGGAGAUGCAGCUGGAAUGCCUGAGGGAGGAAUUAGCUGCUCUAAAGAAAAACCACGAAGAGGAGAUGAAGGUGCUGAGAGGACAGGUGGCUGGUACAGUCAAUGUAGAUAUGAAUGCAGCACCUAGCAUUGACUUGCAGAAGGUUCUGGAUGAAAUGAGAUGUGAAUAUGAGCAACUUGUAACCAAGAACCAAAGGGAGAUUGAAAGGAGAUUCCAGGAACAGACAGAAGAGGUGACCAAGCAGAUGUGCUCUAGCAGUCAGGAGUUCCAGUGUGUCCAGACAGAAAUUAUUGAGUUAAGGCGUACCAUUCAGACCUUAGAGAUCGACCUGCAGUCUCAGUUGAGCAUGAAAGCUGCUCUAGAAGGAAGUCUAGCAGAGACAGAGGGACGGUAUUGUUGUCAGCUCGCUCAGCUCCAGGCCUUGAUCCAGAAAGUUGAAGCUGAGCUGUCAGAGAUCCGUUGUGAAAUGGAAAACCAGAGCCAGGAAUAUAAGACACUUCUUGAUAUAAAAUCACGCCUGGAGCAGGAGAUCUGCACUUACCGCACCCUACUGGACGGCUCAGGAACCCAAAUAUCAAGUGGGUCCUGUGAUCAAUCGUACUCGUCCAAUUGCGCAUCAGGAUCUCAGACUGAUAAGCAAGGUGGUAAUAAUAAUAGCCUUCCUGACAAUAACGGAAGUGCUGCUCAGCGGCCAUACGCCAGUAUACCUGACGCCUGCAACAUGUUGGUGGACGCCGUCUGCGGAUCCACACCAAAUGAUAGCUAUACGUCCGCCCACGGUAAUGACGAUGUCAACGUGCGUGACAUCGUGUCACGUUCACAGUAUACAACAGUAAAUAACAAUAUGGUGGUAUAUAACAAUAAAAACAAUCGUUUAGCAGAGCUGUACAUUGCUAGCUUGUACGUCUUACUGCGGCUGGCUCUUCGUAUAAAGGCACAUAUCAUUUAA